GUAUUUAUUUGUGCAAAUCUAAAUAAGAAACGGAUAGAAUUCACGGUGCCACGGCCACUUCACAGAAAUGUGAUCGAGUCUUGACUAAACUAGGCAGCAACGUAGAGCAAAGAUAGCGCAACGGAGCAUGAUCGGGGACGUAGAGAAGAUGGUGGCAGUGGGGCUAGUCUGGGGUGCCACCAACGCUAUCAUGCGCCGCGGCGCGCUGCUCUGGGACGAGGCCCUCAAAUCCAGUUCGAGGCCACCACAAGCACAAGAACAAGCACCGCCCCACCACAAGAUCAUCGCUUCGCUCAAGAAUUGGCUCACCCUCCUCUCGAUCUGGCAGUACUCGGUCCCCUUCUUGAUAAACCUCUCGGCCUCCGCUACCUUCUUCGCCAUUCUAAGCCACACCCCAAUCUCUCUCACCGUGCCUGUCACCAAUGCCACGACGUUUGCUGCCACGGCCGUCUUCGGAUUGCUGUUGGGGGAGAAGACCCGCGUGGCCCACGCUUUGAUUGGUGGUAGGAAUGUCCGGAUUGUAAAGAAGUGUUUGGAGGCUUAGCUGCCUGCUGGGACACGGCUUGAGUUGUAUGUUGCGUGCAUGGCACUAAGUAUGGCUGGCCCACGAUGGCAUCCCAACUGUCCUUGAGUGGCCGAUUUUUUAUUUUUUGUUUUUGUUUUUUUUUGUUUUGAUUGAUUGUUUGUUUGUUUGUUUUUGUUUUUAUUUUUUCUUCUUCUGUAAUUUAGUUUAAAAUAACAUUUUUUUUUGUCUAA